UCCUAAACCAUCUACCCAUCACUCUUCAGUCUUCAGUGUUCACUUCCUGUCCUGCUCUACUCUUUGCAGCAUCAAUGGCUUCAACAACUUGAAAUUCAAGAUAUAACUGUAAUCCUUAUAAUUCUGUGAUUAUUGUAAAUCAUUUUAAACUUCCGUAAAUAAUUAGUCUGCUUAAAAGAAAUCCCAUAGAAAUACAUUCUGGAAAACUACUCAUACCCUAGAAUUCUCUGAUUUUGACACUUGUUUAAGAAGACGACGAAAAACAUCGCUCAACAAGCCUAAUGGAGUACAGAUCAUGUGAAGAACCUGACAUUGCUCAUAGUGAGAUUGAGGAGUAUUCAGAGAAAGUAUAUCAAGCCUUUCAAAUUGGGACUUACAUAGUGCAGAACCCAGGUGGUAAUUUUAGAUGCCCAUUUUGUCUAGAUAAGAAGAAGCAAGCUUGUAGCUUCAAAACCCUGCUCCAGCAUGCUUCAGGUGUUGGCAGAGGUUCUGCUCGACGAAGAGCUGAUCAGAAAGCCCGCCAUCUUGCUUUGGCUCGAUAUUUGGAGGUCGACUUAGGCUUCAGGUCUGCUGAAAUUAGCUGCCAACUUGUGCCAGAACCCAAAUCUAGUGAGAUCAAUGAGGGGGGUCAGAACUCGGAUGAGACGCUAUCCAGGGGACUUAAUGAAGAAACUAUGUCUUUGAGUCGGAUGCUUGAAGAGAAGUGGGAGCAAGCAUUCAAUGAUGCUGAAAGAAUGUUGCGAACCCAGAAGAUGCAUAGCAUUGCCCAGGAGCAUGUUACUAGGAUCUUACAAGAGCAAAAGAAGAUAAACCAUGAAGUAGAAGAUACAAAAAGACGACUUGAUGGAUUUACCUGUGAAUUAAGCAAGCACAGGGUCUUAUCUGAGGAUGAAUUGCAAAAACUGGAGAAGGAGAAGCAGCAGAAUGUUGGAAGAAUCAAUUCAUUAUACAUGGCUUCCUUGGAGCUGAAGAAAGCACAUGAAAAUGUAUUGAGAAUCACUGAAGAACAAAAGAAAACAAUAGAAGAACCCCUGAAAAAGAUUUUUCAGCUGGAAGCUAGGCAUAAGUUGCAGUUGGAGAUUGAAGAAUUAAAAGGAAAUCUGGAAGUCAUGAAGCAUCUGGGAGAUGGUGACAACGCUGCAAUCUUCCAGAGGAAGAUGAAGGAGAUGACUGAAGAGUUGAAUCGGAAAAUUGGAAGUUUAAACCUUUUGGAAGUCUCAACUGAAACAUCUUUUCAAUUAGAUAAGGAUCUGGACGCUAAUCAGAAAUUGCAAGAUAUGCAAUUGAAGAUUGAGGAGUUAAGUGGAAAAUUGGAAGACUUGAAGCUUCUGAGAGAUGCUGAUUACGCUGCAAUGCAGAUGAAGAUGGACGAGAAGGAGGAAGAGUUGAAUCAGAAGAUAGAAGAUAUGAUCCAUAUGGAAGAAAUGACUAGAACACUUGUGAUCAAACUGCAAGAGAAAAAUGACGAAUUGCUAGAUGCUCGGGCAGCGUCAAUCACAGGUCUGUUGGAGACUUUUCCAGGUAAUCGCACGCACAUUGGUGUAAAAAGAAUGGGAGAAAUUGAUUUGACGGCCUUUAUUAGAGAGUGCAAGAAAAGAUUUCCAGUGACUGUAGCCUUUACAAAGGCAGGGAUAGAAUGCUCGCUAUGGCAGAACAAAUUGUUGGAUUCAACUUGGCACCCAUUCAAAAUUAUUGAUAUCCAUGGAAAUCUUAAGGAAGUCAUCAAUGAAGAAGAUGAGAAGCUGAAGACGCUCAGGCUGCAGUGGGGAUAUAAAGUCUACGAAGCAGUUGCAACAGCCUUGCAAGAGCUGAAUGAGUACAACCCAAGCGGGAGAUACGUUGUCAAUGAUCUCUGGAAUUAUAACGAAGGACGAAAGGCUACUGUAAAGGAAGUCGUAAACUAUGUUUUCCAAAAUUUGAAGAAACUACAGUUAAAGCGCAAGAGGUGAAGUUAUCUGAAUUCAGAUAUUAAGAUUACUCUCUCGUCUCAAAGAUUCAGGCAGAGCAGUAAAGCCUACUCAUAGAAGGGGGCUGAGAAGAACACAAUUACACAAGUGAAAUAGUUUGCAUAUGUAUGGUAUACUCAUAGAAGGGAUUAAGAACCUUGUUUAGGGACAAUCUGUGACGCGGAUUUUACCGUGUCUUAGUCCUAGACUGAUUUUUGCAGGAAUGAUUUGAGCAGGAACUUGAGUAAAAGUCUAAAGACUUUGGACAUGAGAAGUUUAUAAUCUUUUUUGGCCAGGCUACUUUUGUGCUUGUUUUAGAUGGAUAAUGGGAUGAUUCGUUGUUGCGACCUUAUUAAAGGUCCGUUCGUUAUCGUUUUUUUUUUUUUUUUUUUCAGUUUUCAGUUUUUUUGAAAACUAAAAGCCAUAAUAUAAAAAUCAGAAAAAGUAGUUUUCAAUUUUUAGUUGUUUUAGUUUUUAAAAUUAGCAUGAUUACUAUCAUUAUGACCAAGUUUAAGUUUAUGAUACUGCUUAUAUUAUAUGAUUCUAAAAUCAUAAAAACUGAAAACUGAC